AUGGCAGACAAUUUCACACAAGUACUGUCAAUGCAGGAUAACUCUACAGUACCGACACCGGAAGUACCGGAAUCGUUAGAAAUUACGCGUUACGUCGUCCAGAAAUUGCUUGUGCCAUUAAUUAGCACGAUAGGGUUGCUAGGCAACGGUUUAAAUAUAUUAGUGUUACGUCAUAAGCAUAUGAAAGGUAUUUCAACCAAUUUCUACCUCUUUAUCUUGUGUGUAGCGGAUGUGACGUAUCUUAUAUUGACCCUGUGUUUAUCAUUUAUUCAUUGUCGGAACACAUAUCAACCAAUCACUGCUUUCUAUUUCAUAGUGUAUGCCAGACCUAUCACAGAUUUGGCGGGAAAUGUAGCCGUCUGGAUAACAGUCGCGUUCACUAUAGAACGUUACAUUGGCGUGAGUUCUCCUAUCAAGGGAAAAGUGUGGUGUACGGUUCGGAAGGCUAAAAUAAUCUCUUUUAUAACAAUCUUGUUUUGUAUCAUUAAUACAUUUCCGGAGUUCUUCGAAACAAAAAUCGUGAGUUUACAAAAUGGCGGACAUAGAUGUGAGCCGACUAUAUUCAGUGGAUAUUCCAGCUAUCAAAUUGGGUACUAUUGGUGGUUCGUUUCAAUUUUUACUUUCAUCCCAUUUUCGUUCUUAUUUGUCUUCAAUGCCUUGUUAAUACGUACUCUUUUAGAGGCGAGUAAGAACCGUAAACAACUGCUACAUUGGGAGAGUAAAAAGGCCAGUGUUAAAAAUCGGCGGGAACAACACAAGAUGACGUUGAUGUUGGUUACCAUAGUAAUCAUAUUUUUAUUGUGUCAGUUACCAUGGACAGUGUUACUGCUGUAUAGAACGUACCUGUCGGAACGCGGUUUACCUCAGCCAAUGAACGACAUCCGCGUAGCAGGGAAUAUAUGUAAUCUACUGGUCCAAUUGAAUGCCUCGGUGAAUUUUUAUCUUUAUUCCUUUUUUAGUAGGAAAUUUCGACGAACAUUGAGACGAAUUCUAUGUUUUAUAAAACCAAAGCAAGAACAUGGUACCAUGGUGUGA